AUGUCCUUGGAAAGUCAGCUCCAGAACCCCGCGCGUCCAGGCGCUGGGCCAGGGUCGGGGACACCAGGGUUCGUCCCCAGACUCUCGAGCUCAUUUGGUGGCGACUGGGGCCCGGCGCUGCGAAGCCCGAUGUGGUCCGGAGGCGGUGGGAAGGCUCGGGGCUGGGAGGCCGCGGCGGGAGGGAAGAGCAGCCCCCGAAGGCUCAGCCUCCGCCGAAUCAUGUCGAUGAGUCCAAAGCACACGACUCCGUUCUCAGUGUCUGACAUCUUGAGUCCCCUGGAGGAAAGCUACAAGAAAGUGGGCAUGGAGGGCGGCGGCCUCGGGGCUCCGCUGGCGGCUUACAGGCAGGGCCAGGCGGCGCCGCCGGCCGCGGCCAUGCAGCAGCACGCCGUGGGGCACCACGGCGCGGUCACCGCCGCCUACCACAUGACAGCGACGGGGGUGCCCCAGCUCUCGCACUCCGCCGUGGGGGGCUACUGCAACGGCAACCUGGGCAACAUGAGCGAGCUGCCUCCCUACCAGGACACCAUGCGGAACACCGCCUCGGGCCCCGGAUGGUACGGCGCCAACCCAGACCCGCGCUUCCCCGCCAUCUCCCGCUUCAUGGGCCCGGCGAGCGGCAUGAACAUGAGCGGCAUGGGCGGCCUGGGCUCACUGGGGGACGUGAGCAAGAACAUGGCCCCGUUGCCGAGUGCACCGCGCCGGAAGCGCCGGGUGCUCUUCUCCCAGGCGCAAGUGUACGAGCUGGAGCGACGCUUCAAGCAACAGAAAUACCUGUCGGCUCCGGAGCGGGAGCACCUGGCCAGCAUGAUCCACCUGACACCCACGCAGGUCAAGAUCUGGUUCCAGAACCACCGCUACAAAAUGAAGCGCCAAGCCAAGGACAAGGCGGCGCAGCAGCAAUUACAGCAGGACAGCGGCGGCGGCGGAGGGGGCGCUGGGUGCCCACAGCAGCAGCAAGCGCAGCAGCAGUCGCCCCGCCGUGUGGCGGUGCCGGUCCUAGUGAAAGACGGCAAACCCUGCCAGGCUGGUGCCCCGGCAACUGGGGCCGCCAGCCUGCAAGGCCACGCGCAGCAGCAGGCUCAACAGCAGGCGCAGGCCGCUCAGGCGGCCGCGGCGGCGAUCUCGGUUGGCAGCAGCGGUCCCGGCCUGGGCGCACACCCGGGCCACCAGCCGGGCAGCGCUGGCCAGUCUCCGGACCUGGCGCACCACGCCGCCAGCCCCGUGGCGCUGCAGGGCCAGGUCUCCAGCCUGUCCCACCUGAACUCCUCGGGCUCGGACUACGGCACCAUGUCCUGCUCCACCUUGCUAUAUGGUCGGACCUGGUGA